AGCGAUUUUGGCUCAAGCCGUUUCCGCUGGAGCAGCACAGGCUCUGCCAGCCUCGACCCGACCCACUUGGGUCGCCACCUGCACUAGUCGCAAAGGAAGGGUAUGGCAGCCUGGGACUUUCGCAUUCGCGGCCUGCUUUCGCAUCGCCCAGACGGCGGCGGCGAGUGCAUCGCCGACGCCGACCAGGCUUCCACCUGCUGCAGGCCGCGAGGGCGGAGCGGAGCGGCCAGCGCCGUGGUGGGAGCUCUACCUCCUUGAGCACCAGCUGCGUUCAGCCAUCGGGGUCGUACACCACGCAGCAGGUGAACGUCGGCGGCGCCAUCACGUCCAUCUCGGCGGCCGGUGCCUUCGACGUGUACUUCUCUGUCUGCGCCUCGGGCAGCGUGUCGGUGUGGGCGGACGACGCCGUGAUGCCUGCCGUCAGCGUCGCCCAGAGCGGAGGCACGCUGACCAUCGGCUACCAAGGCUGCGUCAACGGGAACCGCCGCUACAGGAAGCCGAAGGUUACCAUCUGCGGCGCGUUCUUCGUCAGUAAGGUGCAGGCCUGGAGUUCAAGGGCCACGCCACCGUCAGCAGCUUGACUCUGACUGCCGAGAGCAGCGGGAAGAUCGGGAUCGGCAAAGUCACGGCCAGCUCUCUGACCGUGCACGCCACCAGCGGUGGGCAUAUCGACCUGGAAGAUUCGUGCAUGGACCAGUGCGUCUUCACGACGCAGAGCUCGGGCAAGAUCGAGGGUGGCACCUGCAACACCCUGGAGGUCAACGAGAGCAGCUCGUCGAAUGUCGAAGUCACCUUGACGGGGAGCGCAACCCGAACGGUGUCUUCGUCUGCGAAGCUCGAGGUCCACGGCCCGGCAGCGUUAGCGGCGUGUCUACGAGCUCCCGAGGCAGAGUCAAGGUCGACACGUAGAGCGCAACAUAUUGUUCUUUCACGCAGGCAAAGGAGCAAGGACUUGAGUAGAUUUGGCUUGAGCCACCUUAUGUAAGUACGAUAUGUGCAUGUUUUCGCGUAGUGCUCCCAAAUCGCGUGGAGCGGCAGACAGCUUGCGUGUGGUCGCUGCCCUAGCGUACCUGGCUUGACGAAGGAUGACACGCUAGCUGUUCCCAUGGUGCUUGUCUGGCAAGUCGACGGUGGUGCGACAGUCCUCUAUUUUCCUUUCCUCCCCAUCAUUGUCGGGCGAAGAGAACUAUGCACAUGCACCGAUCCUGGCAAGGCCCAUCCUUGACCCAGGAUCGGUGCAUAUGCCUUCCUGGC